AUGUUCAAGCGCUCGUCGCUGGGCCGAGCAUCAGCAUCAGCUCCAGCCGCGCCCUGCGCCAUCAAAGUGGUGGUGCGCUCCCGUCCGCUCAGCGACAAGGAGCUGCAGAGCAAGACCCCCGUGGUCGUCAGCGUCUCCCGCUGGGCCGUGCAGGUGGUGAACCCCAUCGUGUUCGCUGACCCGGCCUUCGUCGAAGUCCUCGGCCUCCCGUCGACCAGUGACUCGACCCCAGUAUUGACGCUGAGUGCGGCGGCCAUCGCUGCGGCCAACACGGCGGGCGAGUGCCGGACCUUCCACUUCGACCGGUGCUUCGGGUCCGCUCUGCCGGCGGGCGGUGAAGCAGCCGACGUGGACGACGACACGCAGAGACCCAAUCAGGAGCUCAUCUUCGACGAGGUCGGCCAAUCCGUGAUCGACUCGGCCUUCCAGGGCUUCAACUGCACCAUGCUGGCGUAUGGACAGACGGGCAGCGGCAAGACCCACACCAUGGUGGGCGAUAAAACUGUCCAAGGCAAGGGCGUGAUCCCGAGGGUGUGCGAGGCUCUGUUUCGGGAGAUCGACGCUCGAAGGGACAAGGAGGCGGCGCUACAGGAGGAAGACGGAGGAGGAGAAGACGUGGAUGUCAAGCGGACAAUUUAUAGCGCCCAUGUGAGCUACUGCGAGAUCUACAAGGAGAAAGUGAACGACCUCCUGGACACGGAGGUGGCGACGGAGAAGCGGAGACCGUCGUUUUCGACCCAGACGCAAGGAGGAGACUCGGAUUUAAGUGCAUCGACGACUCCAAGACGGACGCUGAGAGUUCGAGAGCACCCAGUGACGGGGCCUUUUGUGGAGGGGCUAAGCAUCCGCUCGGUCACAUCGUAUGCCGAUAUCGCGGAGGACAUGCUAGCGGGAGAGAAACUUCGAACGGUGGCGUCGACGCUCAUGAACCCCGUGUCGUCCAGGUCGCAUGCUGUGUUCACGAUCACAUUCACCCAGACGACGUUCGACCCAGUCUCGCAGUGUGCGAAUGAUAAGACUUCAAAGAUCAGUAUGAUUGAUCUUGCGGGUUCGGAGCGUGCGAACGUGUCGGGUACGAGUGGCGACAGACUGAAGGAGGGCGCUAUGAUCAACAAGAGUCUUACGACACUUGGACGAGUCAUAUCCGCUUUGAGCAAACAAGCUACAGAUCGGAUCCCGUAUCGAGAUAGUACACUGACGUGGCUGCUGAAGGAGAGUUUGGGAGGAAACGCGAAGUUUCUAACCGAUCAUAUCGAUAUGACAGACAACGAUGUUCGCUAUGAUCAGUCCGUCCGCAGAUGUACACUGACAACAACGUGUGCCACUUUUUCCAUUAAGAAUUAUGACGAGACCAUGAGUACGCUGCGAUAUGCCGAGUCUGCUAAGAAGGUGAUGAACCGCGCUGUUGUGAACGAGGACAAAAACGCCCGCAUCAUCCGCCAACUCCGCCAAGAAAUCGAGCAGCUGAGAGCUCAGCUCGCAAGGAAAGAAGGAAGUCCCGGCAAGGAGCGCGUGAACGCCGGCAUAUCCGCGAGUUUGGUGGAGCGUGAGUCGUUCUACGCCGAGUUGCAGAACGAGGUGGAGUUCUUCCGCUCGCAACAAAAGUACUUGGCUACGUCGACGGCUCCGCCCGCUAUUCACCUGAGCGACAGCCUCCCCAGCCUGGUCAAUAUGAGCGCUAACCUCGUACCGGGCGAAGCUCUUGCGUACGUGCUGGUGGAGGGAACGACGUUGUUCGGAUCUGACCCCAAUCCCGAUAUGACCAAGUACGAGACUGUAGAAGUGCAGCACGACCACGAUGAGUCCGAGGAGAAAGAGAGCAGUGAAGGCGAAGUCAAGCCGCCCAAGCCGAAGAAACGCCACGGAUCCUGGACGUCGACGAUGCUGAGGCGACGCAAGAGCUCCUCGAAGAGUGCCCCCUCCACUCCAAGCCGGAAGGCGUCACGAAAAGGGUCCAAAUUGGAUGUGUCGGAAGUCGCUUUGGCUCUUUCGGCGGAUAAACGAUCGGUCAUGCAAGUGUGCAAGCUGCCAGGCGAUGAAGUGAGCAGGAUCUUACCUCGUCACGCUCGAUUCACGUGUACUCGUGUGCCAGACGCCGUUGCCGGUGACGAAGACACAGCCGAGUACGUUGUGGAGCUUGAAUCGCUAGACCCUACUGCGAUUCUCUUGGUGAAUGGUCAGCCGCUCGAAUACGGCAGCGAGCACCCGAUGAAGCUUCAUCACGGCGACCAAGUUCGACUGGGCAAACCCUACUGCUUUCGUAUCCAUGUUCCUGGGUACGUUGUCCCGACGCCACGAAUCGCCGAAGCAGUGGAACAACCACCCGAGUUGGAGAUCGAUAAGGACGAGGGUCGGGCGCUCGAGGCGCUCGUGAAGGAAGCCAACGCGAUCUGCACGAAAUGGGUCCUCAACACCGAGUUUGCCGUGGGAACAGACCAAGUAGACGGAAAAGAGACGCCGACGGUGAUUGUGAAGAAGAAACUGGAGGCCAACUGCUGCAGCACCGUCCACUGGGACCGAACCAUGCUCGAGCUGAAGCUCCAGUUCUUGCGAGAAUUCGCUGCGUCACUAGAGAACGUCGUGUCGUUCACAGCCGACGACACCCCCAAGAUCGAAGACUUGCCGAUCCCCGAGCCAGCCCCGAAAGUUGCUGCCCCUCGACUUCCAAGUCAUUUGGCUGGGCACAGUCGGAAGUCUUCGUACAGUGAAGAAACACCCCUCGUUGAGAAGCUCGAGCACUCGGGAGUGACCGGCCAGAGCAAGCCACAACCACACGCCCAAACGAUGUCAUCGCUGCGACUUCUUGGAUAUGGAAGGGUUUAUCUUGCAGCUCAAGCUCCGGGCUCUAGGGUGCCGCUCUCCGUCGCGAUCUACGAUUUCUCCGGUCACUAUAUCGGUAAGCUGGGGGCGCUACUGGAAGGGAUCUCGGCAGUUGCGCUGCCAUCAAAGAAGAGAAGCAUCUUAUCGCCAAAAGCGCCGUCAAUGUCGAUGCAUCGUGUCUGCGUUCACCUCGAACAAAUGGAGUUUGAUGCCGAGAGCUUCGUGGCUGCUUCCGGUAUCUCCGUCACGCUGAAGGAGACGGCGUCGAAGGCCAAUGCCGAACUCAAGGCCACCGACAGCACUGAGCCACCGUCAGAGGACGUCGGGACUCCAAAGAUCUUCUCCACACCAAGAGUGCCGCCGGCGCAGGCUUCCGACGAUGAGAAGACCUUCUUGAUCGGCGAACAGUUCGAGACUACGAUCACUGCGAAGAAGGACAAUCUGUUCAGUCAGCGCACAGCUGAAGAGGAGUCGCUGUUGGUGGAAGUCUGGGGAUACGACGUCAAGCUGUCUCACUACGUGGCUACCCCUGAUGACCUGAAGCCAACGACGGACGUCCCGAUGGACCUCCAGCAAGUGGAGUUUUACGUGUCGGUGGACGUAGAGGAGCGUGAGGUGGACGGACUGUACCACCCCGUUGCUGUGAAGCCCGACGGUGCACUACGCCUUCAUGCCAAUCGGUCUCGCAGGUUGAUUGUUCGCGUGACUCAGUCCGACCAGCAGCCAUUCGCUCUGACCGACAUCGUUCACGUUCGAAUCGCCGCCCCCGAUGCUCCUUCAGUUAACCGGACGGCUUCAAUGUCGAGGAUGAUGGGCAAGACAACGCAGCGGAUGCUGCCGUCGUCUCGCAUGAUCUACGACCACCACGAUCAGUCCUCGAGCGCUUCCGGUGACUCACAACUGGUUGAAUUGGGGUCCACAAGAUGGCAAGUGCUCGAGUUCCGGGGAAGUUGUGGGGUGGACGACGCAAGCCGGUCGCUGAACGCCGUGUUACGAUGGGAUCACGCCCCGAACAGCGACUUAGAACCGAUCAACACUGCAGGCGCUCGGUCCACGUAUCGCCUCGCGAUUGCGUUCACCACCCGCUGGUCGAAGGUGCCGAUCGUCAUCUCCAAGAGCUUGGUGGCUAAGGUCUGUGGGAGUACCGUGUCAGCUACUCAACGGUUCACGCGUGGUCUUGUAGCAUCGCGCACGGUUUGGUGGGCGAAGGAGAGUUUCAGCCGCAGCUACAGGCUAGGCACCUGGUAUGCAGCGGACAUCAUGGUAGACGACGGACCAUUGGAAGGUGAAAAGCCAUUGGAGAGGGACAACCCAGCCAACGAGGAAAGCGAUGGACAACCGGAGAACUCGCCGAGGACGUCUAAUACGACGAAUGUCGUGAUCGCCCACCACAUCAACGGCCUGCACCGCCUGGAAACCGCGAUGCAGCUGGAGCGCGUCCGCCAAAAAGUGUGGAUUAUCGUGAACUUGCGUCUGUUGUCGGCGUCCGACUCGAAUGCCGAAGCGAUGACGGCCACCAAGGUGAAUCUCUGCUUGGACGAGAUCUUCAAGAGAACUGACGACGAGGUUCAAGUGUUCGAGGGCGUGCAGUUCGACUCUCCUGGGCUCUAUCUCCGUCACUUGCGGCGCACCGAUCUGCUCAUGAACCUCUUCACAGGGAAGGUGGUGGAUCUGGCCACGGUCACGGGGGUCCAGAGCUCGUUCGAGACGGUCGAAGACGCGCAGUUGCAGCUCCGAGAGCACGUGAUCCACUUCGUCUCGGAGCCGACUCAACUCGUCGGCGGGGACCAGCUCGGAGGCGAGAUGAGCGGCUUCCUCAUGAUUUCGCUGUCUUCUUCGCUGGAUGAGGAGACAGCGGCCGCUGUGGUUGCACCUCUGGGGAGCACUACCGUCCGGCCGAAGACCCCUCCGAAAGCCGCUAACCACCGCGUAGCCUGGGAACGACAGUGGUUUGUGCUCAAGCGCCCGUUCCUCUAUGCCUACGAGAGCUUCGCCCGGAAGCAGCAGACGGGUGUGAUGGAUCUGUCGCUGUGUCAGUUGAUUGUGUCGACCGCGUCGGACGUGCCGUUUUCGUUCCGACUGGUGUGUGUCGAUGGUCGGAAGCAGUCGGCGGUGUGGUGGCUCCAGGCGUCGACGUCCGCCGAGAUGAGGGCGUGGCUAGUGGCCAUCGACCCGCUCAAGAUCGAGGCGCGACAGGGGGUCGUUGCAACGCCCCCUACAGCUACACCAGCACUCACAGCGUAG